AUUUUUUUAUUAUUUUAUUAUAUUUCUUCUUUUAUUUCUCCAAUGUCUCUCCUCUGUCCAGCAUUGUUCUACAUUUUUUCUUCAUUUGGAGCCCUUUGAAACUCUGGUUUUUCUUUUUUCACCAAAAAAAGCCAGUCUCACUAAAAACAGUAGAUUUUCCAGCUAAAACAAGUGCCAACUCCCUUAGAUUUUUGUGUUUCUUGUUUUAUUUUUCCGUUUAACAUCAGAACUAUAAGCCCAUUUAUUCACAAAGUUUCUUACCAGAGCAUGAAGACAAACAUCUUCUGUUCUUGUUAGUAAAGAACAGAUUUUUAUUUGUUUUUAUUUUCAAAAACCCUCGCAAAGAUUGGAUUUUUAUCUUGUGUUGGGCGAUCUAUCGGCCUUUUUAGGCUCUCAUUCAGGUGUGAGCCUUAUUUCUUCAACAUAUUCUGUUUAAAGAUUCCAUUUUUUUGUCUUCUGUUUGGACACUCACAGGAAGCACACACUACGCGCUCGUGGGUAUAUAUGUCUGUAGAGAUAAAGCUGAUGAAGGUGGUCUGUGUUUUAUUGAGAUUCAGGCAAGUGUGAAACAGAAUCCCAAAUCUGUAGCUCAGCUGGGCUUAGGUUCGUAGAAGUUUUAUGCGGUGAGGAGGCUCGAGCUAUAGUAUCUUGAAUUAGUGAAUUAGUGUUUUGGAAAAGCACCAGGGCUCUACACUAUACAGGCUUGUGGUGAAAUUAACGGCUUAAACGAGAUGGAUUCAGUUAAACGGUCAUCAGUCACCCCACCUAAGUCCCGUUUGGCUCGCACUUUCGCAAAAGUCCUCAGCUUUCAAGCCGCCACAGGUGACGACUGUAUCCAAAAAGGCAAAUCUCGAGGAAAGACGAAUAAAGAUCAUCAAACCAAACACGCCAAGACUCCCUCACUGGAUGCAGAAAACGAGAAGCUAAAAGACCAUUUAAUUAACGAAGCUUUUCUCGCAAAGCUUUUCGCCAGCCUGUCGUCCAUCAAAGCUGCUUAUGCCCAAAUGCAGUCCGCGCAGUCCCCUUACGACACCGAAGUGAUUCAAUCCUCGGAUCAAACGAUAGUCUCCGAGCUAAAAAAUCUGUCCGAAUUAAAACAAUGCUACUUCAAAAAGCAGAUAAACGACACCUCGCCCGAGAAAACUCUCGCCUUAGCCGAGAUUCAAGAGCAGAAGAGCCUUCUCAAGACUUACGAGGUCACGAGCAAGAAGCUCGAUUUUCAGCUCAAGCUCAAGGACUCUGAGAUCACUUUCCUUGAAGAAAAAUUAGCCGAGGCCAACAGCGAAACCAAAUUGCUCGAGAGGAAAUUAAAUUCGAGCGCGCAAUUUUCCAUAACCCACGGCCUCCGGUUAUCAGACCUGAAGACGAGCCAUUUCGUCACUUACCAUCGGGAGGUGUUGAAAUCCGUACGAGCUUUUGUUCGGCUGCUCGUGCGCGAAAUGGAGUCCGCAAAGUGGGAUCUUGAUGCUGCCGCUAGCUCGAUCAAGCCCGGUAUUUCCUUCUGGACUCAGGCCCAUAAGUGCUUUGCAUUCGAGUCGUUUAUCUGCAGGCAUAUGUUUGAUGGGUUCGGCAAUGGUUCGGAGAGAAGAGAUAUUCGCCGUGAAUCCUUCGCCGUUUUCCGGGAGAUGUGUUCGGUGGACCCCACAGAUUACUUGGCGAGGAAGCCCGAGUCGCCAUUUGCUCUGUUUUGCCGUGAGAAGUAUUUGAAGCUCGUGCACCCGAAGAUGGAAUCGUCACUUUUCGGCAAUUUGGAGCAGAGGGAUUUGCUCGAGACGGGUUUUUAUUCGGCGUUUUGCGAGAUGGCGAAGCGCGUGUGGCUCUUGAGGUGUCUGGGCUCGUGCAUGGAGGCUCGGGUGGAGAUUUUCCAGGUGGCGAAAGGGAGUCGAUUCUCGGAGGUUUACAUGGAGAGUUUGAGCGACGAGGCAUUUUCUAUAUCGGGUGUCGGCUCGGGAAGCCAUCCACGGGUGGCUUUCACGGUGGUCCCCGGUUUUACGGUCGGUAAGACAGUGAUUCAAUGCCAGGUGUAUUUAUACUGAUCAGUGAUCAUCAUGUUGGCUUUGAUUUUGGCCAUUUUUUUUUUCUUUUUAAGAGUAGGAUUGAAUUUGAUUGUCAUGGCUUGGAUAUUAUGAAAGAACUUUGUGUUGGUGUUUUGUGUUUUUGUCUUUCAGAGGGGAAAAAGAGAAGGUAAAGAUAUGGGAAUUAGUUGAUGAGUUGUAUCAUAAUUGCAUUUUGUGCUUUUUGGGGGAGGCUCCCGGAUUUUGUUAAUAGUUUGGCUUUAGUAUUAGUAUUGGAGGACAGUUUAAGGUGUAUAGUUUGUAGUGUAUCACAUAUUUUGUUAGAAUUUUGAUUGUUUAUUGUUUUUGCUUUUGGAAAGUAGCUUUGGGUUAUUGAAUGUGCUUAUUAUAUAUAUGUAACCUUGUUAGAAUGGG